GACAGUCGCCGCGGAGACGCGCUGUGUCGCGCACAAUACCGGUGGUAGCUGGCGCGGCACGAGUGACAGUGAAGACGAGAUAGCGCCCGUUAUUGGGACGCCAGGAGUUGAACAGAUCCUCAGCGAGCACAAGAACCUGUGACGUCAUAGGGGUGACAAAACGGUGACGUCAUCAUGUCUUCGUCACGGAAAAUCCGCCUGUUCUCGGAUGUCGGCGCCAAGAUGUCCAUGUUCGACCAGCGAGCCAAGGAACACCGCGACAGCCAGAUGAUCAACCCGUUCAGCGAGUGGGGAGGCGCCGGCACCCGGCGGAAACUCUCCAGAGAGGACCCCAACUAUGGAAGGCCGGUGGAGGGCAGCAAGACGGCCGAGCGGGGGCGGCUGGCGCAGAUUCAGAUGAUCGGAGACAUGGUGGAGCUGUGUGACAUGAUCUACGACUGCGGCAUCCGCUCCAAGGACGGCAGGGCCGCCAUCAGCUUCGGCGACGCCUUCAGGUUGUACAGCUCGAUCAACGACAAAGUCGUCGGACUGCUCAUGCGGGGAAGGAAACACAAGAUUCUAGACUUCGAGGGUGAAAUGCUGUUCCAGGGCCGCGACGACCACAAGAUGAUCGAGCUGCUGCUGCCGCUGAACACGAUCCGCCACAAGUACGGGAUGCCGGAACGGGCCGGCUGCGGCGAGGUCGACCACGAGCUGCUGCAGCUGCUUGCCGAACAGGACCGCAAGCAGAAACAGCAGCGCAAGCAGCAGCGCACGCGGUCGGUGGGCGUGCCGCCGCUGGCCCCGCCUCCCGCACGUCACCAGAAGAGCCGCUCUGUCGACAAUGGACGGAGGAGUGAUGAGGACGGCACGGAGGAGGUGGUGGUGAGAGGCGCGCGGAGGAAGACGGAGGCGAGGAGCCGGGUGGAGAGCGGCAAAAGUGGAGGAGGUGCCGAGGCGGGAGGAAGAGCAAGUGAGGGGGCACUGGGAAGCGAGCAGGGCGCUGCUGAAGGGCAGGCGGUGGGGCAGGAGGUUGAAGGAGCCACUGCUGCUGAUGCUGCUGUAGGCGUAGCUGCUGCUAUAGCCGACACUUCAGCUGAAGGAAGACUGCAGCAGGGACAUCAAGAAGCUCCUAUCACUGUUAACGGCGCGGAGGGAGGUCAAUAUGCCACAUUUGGUUCAGCAGGCAUGGAUGAAGGUCAAGAUAUGCCGUCGAUCCUCAGCGCACUUCUGGGUGACCAAGGAGUGGCACUUCUUUCCAACAUGUCUGACACAAUGGCUACAACGUCAAGCAUAGACGCAGAUCCACAGCAGUGUGACGAGUUGGUCCACUCAGACGAGUCCCGCCUGCCCGAGAUCAGGGUCAGCCAAGGUCACGACGUGUCGACGGUGCCAACUUCCGCUGACAGCCCGACGGCGCCGGCCGAGACGACGCCGACGGCUGAGACCGAGUGCGCCUCGGCCGUCGGGCGCGACCAAGGCCAGGGGCACAUGUCCGGCGCCGGCACCUCUGACCUCCCGGGGUCGGUGGACAGCGUGACAGCGGGGGAUGCUGCGGCGGUUCAGGGCUCCUGUCCGGCGCAACAUGAGGGAAGCGCUAUGGGAGAGGGAAGCGAUGAAAUUGUGAGAGAAGGGGAGAACGUUGUAACAGAGGGAGAGGGAGAGACGUGUGGAGCCAAAGAGGACGAUGGAAGCGCAACCAUGAAGACAGGUGGGCACACAUGCACAGAGGGAGAGGCGAACUCACAGUCAGAGAUGGUGCCACAGUCAGCGAUAGCUUACCCUGACUCAGAAUCAAAGCCGGAGUCGGAGUCACAGAAAGAAUCAGAACCGAAGACAGAUACAAGCUGCGAUCUUCAUGGGAACCUGAAGGCUAAUAUGACACCAGAGCCAAGUGCCGAGCCAGCGGGUGGACCGCAGCAGAAACUAGAGUCAGAGUCAAGUGAAGGACCUGAGUCAAACCCAGAGCGGAUCCCGAGCUCAGCCACGCAGAUAACCGCAGAGCCAGAGGAAAUCAAAGAGCCAGAGCUGGGCGCAGAAAAUGCAGCUCAGGCGACACCGCUUUCAGCGCUGGCGUCGGAGCCGGAGCCGAAUUCGGAGCCAGCUUCGGCCAGCGCCCCGGUUCCCCCGGCAUUUGACGCCGUUUGACCUCGGCCAGGGGGAGCAGCAGCCAGGGGCAGGGGCUGUCAGUUCGUGUCCGGCGCGGCGCACGUGGCCAGACUGGUGCUCAAAUAUCGGCGACAGUUGGAGCGUUCCAUCCAUCCCGGUCACCCGUCCUCACUGACAGGUAUGCCGCUAUGACCGCGGCCGCCGCUGUCUUCAGGCCGUCUCAUACCUUCUCAGGGAUAAAGUGCGCUUGUGUAAUGUAAUGGAAGCUGUGACAUAGUGAAAUAGCUUCGUCGUAUCGUGUUAGGGUAUUGUAUUGUAUUGACAAUUAAAACACUCUCCAUAUGAAAAUAGCUAGGUAUAUAGGUAUAGGCUAUAGGGGCUGUAUUACGUAACAGAAUGUAACCCUGUAUUGCAACCCUGUGUCAACAAUAAUAGCGUAGGUAGAUCAAAAAAUUAGGUGCAUGUUGAAUAAACCGAUAUAUUAUUUACUUGAAACAGGGAUGCCACAUUCACACAAACAUAGCCAAUGCCUUGUAUGUAUUUUUGCAUGUGAGUUGUAAAUGUUAAUUACAUCGAUGUAAUGAGUGUAGUCAGAAUACAUGUUUGGUUGAAUGA